AAUAAGAGCUGCAAUUCUGAUCCAGCGCUGGUAUCGUCAGUAUGUUGGCCGCAUGGAGAUGAGGCGCAGAUACACCUGGAACAUCUUCCAGUCCAUAGAAUACGCUGGGCAACAAGAUCAAAUCAAACUGUAUAAUUUUCUUGGUUACCUCAUGGACAACUUCACACCCUCUAGCAAUGAACGAAAGUUGAUCUCCCACAUCUUCAGAGAAAAUGAAAUAUGUCGGGAUGCGGAGUGGGAGAGAUACUUCAGUUACACCAAUAUCGAUGUUCCAGAAAUCUAUUCAGGCCCUAGGCUAACCUUCCCGCUAGACGCAAAUCAAGCUGCUGAUCUCGUCGAAGCUUUUAGAAACAAACAACAGCUCCACUCUCGUUAUGUCCUCCAACUUCUUCUUGAAACCUGGAAGUUGCUCAGAGUUCUGCCAAAUAUCAACCGAAUCUCUACCUGCCAUAGCAAAGAAAUCACAAUAUGUGGAGACUUACAUGGACAGUUAGAGGACUUACUUCUAAUAUUUUACAAAAAUGGGAUGCCGUCACUGGAGAAGCCUUAUGUUUUCAAUGGCGACUUUGUGGACCGGGGCAAAGACUCAGUUGAGAUUCUGCUUAUUUUAUUUGCCUUCCUGUUGGUCUAUCCUGGAGAGGUUCACCUUAAUCGAGGAAAUCAUGAGGAUCACAUAAUAAACCUGAGGUAUGGGUUCACCAAGGAAGUGUUGAGUAAAUACAAGAUGCACGGUAAACGAAUUCUAAAGCUGCUGCAGAAGAUAUUCAGCUGGUUGCCCCUGGCAACAGUGAUUGAUCAGAAGGUGCUGAUCGUCCAUGGGGGGAUCUCAGACAGCACGGACCUGGCACUGGUGGCCCGAAUGGACAGACACAGAUACGUAUCUGCUCUGAGGCCUCCGAAGCAGAAAAGCAGUGUGGCUAUCCAGCCUUCAGUGGACUCAGAGAUGGAAGAUGAAUCGAUGAACUCUAAGCACAGUAUUUUGAGGAGAAGGCGGGCCUCGCUAACCUAUUUCAGGCCCUUACCUUCCCGGAAAACUUUCCAGUGCCGUUCUUUGCAGGAUUUCUCUGCUACAGUGGCCCGGACCAUGGAGGAAGAGCUCAAGAUUCAACAUAGACAGACCAGCUUAGCCAAGCCUGGCAGCAGCAUGUCCUAUAGACACUUUAACAUGUCCAAGUCAUCUGAAACAUCCACAGAAUCCAUCAACAGCCCUGACAACAUCAACAAUGAGUGGAAAGAGAUCCUGGACUUGCUGUGGAGUGAUCCCAUGACUGAAGAUGGCUGCAUCCCGAAUGAAGUUCGUGGUGGAGGCUGUUACUGGGGCCCCAACGUGACCGAGGACUUUUUAAAUAAACACAACUUGCAGCUCAUCAUCCGCUCCCAUGAAUGCAAGCAAGAUGGAUAUGAGUUCUGCCACAACCGCAAGGUCCUGACAAUUUUUUCGGCCUCUAACUACUAUGAGGUGGGCAGUAACAGGGGAGCUCUGGUCAGGUUAGGUCCAGAUCUAGUGCCUUACUUUAUCCAGUACCAGACCAACAGUAAGACCCGAGCGAUGAGCUUCGGACAAAGUAUCAGACGAACAGAGCACUCUGCUCUUAAAGUCCUGAGAGAACAACUGUUUGCACACAAGUCAGAUCUGCUCAGUGCCUUUCAGGAAUAUGAUCAGAAGAACACAGGUCUCAUCUCUCUGAAUGACUGGAGCAGUGCUGUAGGACAGGUGCUACACUUGGAUUUGCCCUGGAGAAUGCUGCGCUCUCAGCUCCUCACUAACACCACCAACGACAUGCUGGAUUACCACAACUGGUUCCGUAACCUCACUAUAAAGGAACCCAGCUGUGAGUACAUUGAGCAGACGCUGAUGGAGACUCUUUACAGGCACCGCUCCACUCUCGAGACCAUCUUCAGAAUAGUGGACACAGACAACUCGGGCCUGAUUUCUUUUGAAGACUUCUGUCAGACGUGGAAGCUGCUAAGUGUCUAUCUGAAAAUGGAGAUUUCCUGUGAAGCCAUCAAUGACCUGGUGGUCAGCAUAGACAUGAACAAAGAUGGCUGCAUAGACAUUGAUGAAUUCAUGGAGUCUUUUCGCUUAGUAGACAAGAACAUACGCAAACCAGAGGAACAGGACCUACCUCAGGAAGAAAAACAGACCACAGAAGAAAAAGGCACACUUCUUACACCACAAUAGAUGCUAAGAAUUGUGUACAUUUGUUUUAAUAACAGUCUGACUACUCAAUGUGUGAGUAUGACAUGGGUAACCCACGAAUUAUGAUGAUGACGAUGACGAUGAUGAUGAUGAUGAUGAACAUUUGAAAGUGCCUUUUUCUUGAAUUCCUCUAAGAAUAUAGGGUGUUGGACCUUGGAGGUGUCAGUGAGGGCACAAGAAUAUGGAUUUAUUUCUGGGUCUAUAAAUUGAUAUUGUGAAAUUUCUAAAGCAUUUAUACCAUUUAUAAAUGUUGUGCAUGCACAAAACUAGGCCUUGAAAAGUGUGUAUAUCAUUUAUACUUUUAUAAGAAAAUUGUACGGCCUCUCAUAGUUCUGAAGGAAACUGUCCUGGUGGUCCAGAACAUCAGUAGAGUGGAACAUCAGUAGAAUGGAAGGUAAAUAACAACCUGGAGUUUGACCAGGCUACCUGCCUCAUUCACAGCGAUGAGAAGGGGUAGAAGACAAGUGUGAUGUAGCUAAAACCUUUUGUGAGAUAACCACUUGAGGGUUGAGAUCACAAGUUGAUGACUUUGCUCUUGGUACUCAGUGAGGACACAAGCACAUGCAACAUUUCCACUAGUUCCAUAAAAGAGCCUUGGUUGUGCUUGGUUGUAGAUGCAUGGUUACCUAUGCAACCUUCAGUAAUUGUCUCAAGUUAGCUCAUGUCAGCUGUCUAGUUUUAGCCAUUAUUAGAUUAAGAUUAAGAUUUUUACAUUGUAUACAAAUAUUAUUAUGUUAUAUACAACAUGUUUGUUUGGCAAAAAGAAAAUGGAAGACUUCGCUUUUGUUCACUUUCUUGUUCAUAGUUUGUAAGAAAGCUUUUUGAUAAAACAUGAAAAACAUGAAAGCCUAACACUUCUUGCAUUUUAAUACCCAAGUUUUUUUUUCUUUUUUUUUUUUUUUAGUAUAAAUAAUACUAGCUAGGGUGGCAUGGUGGUGCAGAGGGUAAUGUUACCACCUUAUAGCUCCAGGGUCCUGGGUUCAGUCCAGAGCUUGGUUUACUGUCUGUGUGGCGUUUCAGUGUAGGCUCUCCCUGUCUCCACAUGGGUUUUCUUCCACCUCCCAAAAACAUACAGGUACAUGGAUUGAUUACACUAAAUUGCCCCUAGGUGUGAAUGAGUAUGUGUAUGGUGCGCUGUGAUGGAGUAGCAUUCCAUCCAACAUGUAUUCCUGCCUUGCACCCAGUGUUCCCGAGAUAGGCUCCAGAUCCACUGUGACCCUGACCAGGAUAAAGUGUUUCCUGAAGAUGAAAGUGUGAUAAUCCUGAUGUAAGAAGCAAUCUAAAUCUACAGUAGCCUCUAGGUUUAGACUGUUUCUCCAGACCAAACUGCAUCCUUUAGUAAGUAGACCAUACUGAGCUGUACCUUACCUUGUCACUGGUGUGGUACCAUUAAGGGUACACCUUUUGUACCUGUAGUAUGUAUCUUACAUGGUAGCAUGAAGAUAGAGUAUCUUUAAAAAUGAUAGAACCACUGAUAUACCUUUCAUUAGCUUUUAGAUUGAAAGGUACAUGUCGUGCACAUCACUAAAUGCACAAAAGGUGUACACAGUAAAAAGUAAUUUGUUCUAAUUAAUGUUUCACCUAGUCCAUGGGUGUCCAAAGUCCGGCCCCAAGUUCAAAUACGGCCCACAGACAGAUGUUCCCAUGGCUUCUUUAUUAGAAUGUAUGAUAGGUGGCCCUCCGGCCACAAAUCGCAGUUUUCCCUUUCACCUGAUAGAUAGUUGGUGCUAUCUAAUGUUUUUUUUUUUACUGUCAUUAAUUAAUUUAAUUUGUUUUUUAAUAUAUCACGCCUUGUUCUGUUCUGUU